AUGUGUGAAUAUAAAGGAGAGAUGCCUCGCUAUGGCUUGAAUCGAUUCUUUUCCACCUUUAACAGAGGAUAGGAUCACGCAGCAAACAGGCUUGUCACGAAGUGCACAUAGGGACCAACUUUGCCGAAUAAUUUUUCACCAACACAAGAACUUCAAGAACGUGAAAAGGAUCAGUUUAAUAUGACGGACGUCGGGAAGGACGACAGCGAGACAUCACGCUUACUUGACGGACAGAACGCCUCCAGACACGUACAGCUGGACACAGACCGUGUCCCGGAGGUUGUGACGUAUGGCAGUGUGACGGACGAACAGACGACAGAAGCCGAUACUAACACAGAGACGGCGGCAGAGGAGGGGGGCUUCAGCUGCAGGAGGGCGUCCAAAAGACAACUCCUGUCCUUCGUCUGUAUCGCUUUGCUGAACUUCUGCGGAUUCUGUUACUAUUCCGUCAUCGCUCCGUUCUUUCCGGACGAGGCUCUAAAACGAGGAGCGUCGCAGACUUUGGUUGGACUGAUAUUCGGAUGUUUUGCUAUCAUCAACUUCCUGGGGGGUCUGGUCUUCGGAAAAUACAUCACCGCCAUAGGGUCUAGGUUCAUGCUGACCAGCGGUGUGUUUGUGGCGGGGAGCUGUUCUGUGUUGUUCGGGCUUCUGGAGUACAUGGAUGGAGCGCCGUUCAUCGUGUUCUGCUUCGCCAUCCGGUCGGUGGAGGCCCUGGGUGUGGCCGCCUUCCAGACCGCGGGCACGGCCAUCCUCACACACGCCUUCCCUAACAACGUGGCCACAGUCAUGGGAACCCUGGAGAUUUUCACAGGCCUUGGACUGAUGGCCGGGCCGCCCAUCGGAGGUGUGCUGUACGACCUUGGAGGCUUUAAGACCCCGUUUAUAACCAUGGGUCUCUUGUUGCUGUGCUGUUGUGUGUUUGUGACGAUCCUAGUCCCGCCACAACCAGAUGAACAGGAGGGCAAAACAGAUGUGAAUAUGCUGUUUUUCUUCAAGAUCCCAGCUGUGCCUAUAGCCUGCGGUUUGGCCGUUGUGGUGGCCUGUAUGCUGGACUAUAUCGACCCUGUACUUCAGCCGUACUUGAUCAAUCAGUUCCACACCUCCCCUGUGCACAUCGGCCUGAUGUUCCUGCUGUGGGCGGCUCUAUACGCCGUCCUGGCGCCGGGCUGGGGCUGGCUGGCAGACAAAAGGAAAUGUGUCCCGAUCAUGGUACCGUUAGGCAUGGUGGUGACGGCGGUGGGAACUCUCCUUCUCGGACCGUCUCCGCUCCUGACGGACUACGCCAACAUUAUACCGAAGGCGCAGUGGGUGAACAUUGUCGGUCUUGCAGUUAUCGGAGCCUCUUGCGGAGCGUUCAUGACACCAAUCGUCAACAUGAUGCUUUGGGCGGCCAGUGACGCAGGCAUGGAGAAUAACUUUGCCAUGUACGGCCUGGUGUCGGGCGUGAUGAGCGCCUUCUUCGCCAUCGGGGACCUGCUGGGCCCACUGGGAAGCAGUGCACUGGCGGAUAGGUUUGGCUUCCCGUGGACAUCCACUGCGUUUGGAGGGCUUGUCGUCUUUUAUAUGCUGGUUAUAGUGGCUUUCUACAUCUAUGAUGGCUGCCACACUACCCGUCGUGUCCACCACGUGAACUCAACCGACGGUGAGAGUCAGAGGCUAGUAGCGUGAAGCUUCUGUGUACCUGAGUCUCCGACAAGCCCAGUCCAGAAGAGAUUGCUGCCACCAUAUAUAUCAACUUUAAUUUGUUUUCUGCCUUCAGUUGUUUUCUGCUACCACCAUGAACCUUGUUUUCAGCCUUCCGUUUCCUGUUGUGUUCGUAUGCUGUUUUAUGAAAGCCAGUGGGCAAGUGUGUGUACAGAAUCAACAUAAAAUCCCAAAUGUUGCAUAUACCAGAAAUUCACAAUAACUUUGAAUAUAUAAAAGAUGACAAGCCAUUUACAUCUUGUUACACAGGUGUUGUAGAGGUGCGUGAGCCGCAGUGAAUUAUGUAAAUAUCUGUGGGGCCUGCUUGUAUGGAGAAUCGUGCGCUUAUGUGAGACCAGGCCCAGCUUUAUGUGAGAAUGUACCAAAUUUUGAAGAUGCUGAUUAUUUAUUAUCAAGGAAUUCUAACUCGGUAUUUUUCAUAAUACACUUAUGCCAUCCAAUUGAAUCAUACCAAAAUUAGACUUUACCUUAUUUGCCAUUUUUGUCUGUGUUUCUAUUUGUAAUAGUAUUAAUACAUCCACACUUAUGGGAAGUGUCUAGUAGUAUGUAGUGUUCUUGGUUAAGGAAAGGAAAAUGGAAAUUUGUCGACCGUAACAAAA